GAUGGAGCAUCCACAUACCAAUGGCAAGCUUUUUGUUCAAAUUCCUGCAUGGCUUCAUUCUUUUAUGUAUGAUGAGCACCUGUCCGGAAUCUACCACACUUCGCAGCCCUACUCUGCUUGGAAAUGAAUCUGACCGCUUGGCUUUGCUUGACUUCAAGAAAAGAAUAACUGAAGAUCCUCUCGACGUCAUGAGCUCGUGGAACCGUUCCCUUCAUUUUUGCAGUUGGGUUGGAGUUACAUGUAACCGUUCCACCGAAAGAGUCUUGAUUCUGAACCUGAAAGCUCAGAAGUUGGUAGGCUCCAUUCCACCUUCCAUUGGAAAUCUUACUCAUCUUACUGGAAUCAAUUUGAAUGGCAACAACUUUCAUGGGGUAAUUCCUCAACAAAUUGGUCGUCUUCGAAGCCUACAAUAUCUCAACCUAUCUCGCAAUACUUUCCACGGAAAAAUUCCAACUAAUCUGUCGCACUGCACACUGCUAAGAUUGCUCAAUAUUGAAUCCAAUUUGAUUACUGGGCCGAUUCCAAACCAGCUCACUGCAUUGAUAAAUUUAAAUAUUCUAGUGAUUUCUCGUAACAAUCUCGGUGGAACCAUCCCAGGUUGGAUAGGGAACUUAUCUUCUUUGGGGACUCUUUAUCUCGAGGAAAACAAUUUGCAAGGAAGCAUACCAAAUGAGUUGGGGCAUAUGGCAGGUUUGGUAGAAUUCUCAGCUGCGGAGAAUAAUCUAUCUGGUAUGGUCCCUUCUUCAUUCUAUAAUAUUUCCUCCAUACGUAUAUUCAGUGUUGUUGAUAACCAGUUGCAUGGAGAGCUACCACCAAAUAUUGGCACUAUGCUUCCUAACCUCAUAGAAAUUUCUUGGGGUAAGAACAAUUUCACCGGAAAUAUUCCAGUAUCUUUGUCAAAUGCUUCUAGACUCCAGGGGAUUGAUUUUGCAGGAAAUAAGAUCGCUGGGAUAGUCCCUGGUGAAAAUAUCGGAACCUUGCAAAGCUUAAUUUGGCUGAACCUUGAAUCAAAUCACUUGGGAAUCGGAAAAUCUGGUGACCUGAACUUUAUCAGUUUCUUGGCUAAUUGUACUAGUUUGGAUGAGCUGGGUCUCGCAGGUAAUAAUUUUGGAGGAAGAAUCCCGAUGUCCAUAGCCAACCUUUCGACCCAAGUAGAGUAUCUUACUUUUGGGCAAAAUAUGAUACAUGGAAGCAUCCCUAACGGCAUUGGGAAUCUUAUAAACUUGACCAUUCUAGCAGUGGAACUUAACUAUUUGCAAGGUAGUGUCCCUAAUGAAAUUGGGAAGCUUCAAAACUUAGUAGAACUGUAUUUGGAUGGUAAUGAAUUUUCUGGGCCAAUCCCGCCAUCCCUUGGUAACAUAACUUCACUGACAAGGCUUUACAUGCAGAAAAGUGGGGUUGAGGGAAGUAUACCUCCAACUCUUGGAAACUGCCAAAAUCUAUUAGUACUGAAACUUGGUGAUAAUAAUCUAACAAGCGCCAUACCUACAGAGCUUAUUCGGCUUUCGACUCUCUCAAUCUCCUUGAAUCUGUCUUCCAAUUAUUUGACUGGUCCGCUGCCUAUUGAGGUGGGCGAUUUAAUUCAUCUCACGGAGCUAGAUGUAUCGAGAAACAAGUUAUCAGGUGAAAUCCCGAGCACCCUUGGCAGUUGCACUAGUUUGGAGCGCUUGUAUUUACAAGGUAUAACAUGAAAGGAACAAUUCCUCAAUCUCUUAAAGAUUUAAGAGGCUUGGGAGAACUAGACAUUUCAAGCAAUAACUUAUCUGGACAGAUCCCUGAUUUCAUAGGAAAGCUUAAAGCUCUCAAGUAUCUUAAUCUCUCAUAUAAUGAUUUUGUGGGUGAGUUGCCUAAGGAAGGAAUCUUUGCAAAUGCCAAUGGUGUUUCUGUUCUUGGAAAUCAUAGGCUCUGUGGUGGUAUCCCACAAUUACAUCUGCCUCCAUGCUCCCAGAAAAAUAACCAUUCAUCUCAAGGAUUACUUUCCUCAAAAGUACUCAUCCCUACAACUUGUGCACUAGCAUUCAUAAUUGCUCUAUCAUGCUUCUUUGGUGCUUGUUCAAUGCUCAAAAAGUCUAGAGGUAGACCAACAAAUUCACGUUCUUACAAGGAUUGGAAAUCAGCUGUUUCCUACUCAGAACUCGUUGACUCAACAAACGGGUUCUCUGUGGAUAAUCAUAUUGGUUCAGGAAGUUUUGGUUCCGUUUAUAAAGGAGUAAUUCCUAGUGAUGGAAGGAUAGUCGCUGUUAAGGUAUUAGACCUUCAACAACAAGGAGCUUCCAAGAGUUUCAUUGAUGAAUGCAAAGCUUUAAGGAGUAUAAGGCACCGCAAUCUUCUCAAGAUCAUAACAGCAUGCUCAAGCAUUGAUAAUCAGGGUAAAGAUUUCAAAAGUUUAGUUUUUGAGUUCAUGGAAAAUGGAAGUUUAGACUCAUGGUUGUAUCCAAGAGAUGAGAAGCAAUCUUCAAGUAAGAGAUUGAAUGUUAUCCGAAGAUUGGAUAUUGCCAUUGGUGUUGCUUUUGCAUUAGAUUAUCUGCAUCACCAUUGUGAAACCCCCAUUGUUCAUUGUGAUCUAAAGCCGAGCAAUGUACUUCUUGAUGAAGAUAUGGUAGCCCAUGUUGGAGACUUUGGUUUAGCAAGGUUCCUCUUGGAAGCAUCAUGAUCUCUCCCUCAGUCAAAGCAUGUCUGCUCAGCUAAAGGGUUAAAGGGUUCAAUAGGUUACAUUCCUCCAGAGUAUGGCACGGGAGGCCAAGUUUCCAUACUAGGAGAUGUUUAUAGCUAUGGGAUACUGUUGCUAGAGAUGUUCACAGGAAAAAGACCUACGGAUGACAUGUUCAAUGAUGGUCUAAGCAUUUACCAAUUUGUAACCAUGGCUUUGCCAGACCGCGUGAUGGACAUUGUUGAUCCUUCAUUACUCAUCAACCUUGAAGGGGAUGGUGAUGUUAACGAUGACGGACACAAUAUUGCCAUACUACAAGAAAAAAGUGCACCCAAACGUAACAAUCGUGAUCUAGUUAAAGCAAAAAAGUUUGAGGAAUGCUUGGUUGCAGUUAUGCAGAUAGGGCUCUCUUGCUGUGCAAUAUCACCAAGGGAGCGGAUGCUUAUGGAUGCGGUUGUCAGAAAAAUGAGUUCAAUUAGAGACUCGUAUCUCAAAGUUUAAGAAGACUUAACAAGGACAAUGCAUGAUGUGUUUGUUAAAGAAGGACAGAGUUCCAUAUAUGUGGCUUGAAAGUUUGUAAGCACCUGAUAAACCAGUGAUUAUGCAGUUUAGAGCAUUUGUCAAAAGUCAUGUAUUAUUAUUCCAAAUGUGAAGAACUUGUUGGGAUCAAAGUUUUCUCUGAAAC